UGGAAAAAAAAAAAAUAAGACUCCAUGGCAGGCUCAAACGACAUCGUUAUGUUCGACCGGGUGACUCGUACGAUGUCGUUCUUCUCUUACACAUCUGGUACUUGUUUUAUGACUUUAUCCAGGUGAUCUCAGGAUGCAUCUUGUCUUUGCUUCGUGACUUCACUGACUUUUUGUCCUGUCCGGUCCUCCUCCGAUUCUCCCCAGUCAACAGCCCACAGUUUUUUCUAGGUUUUUCUCCUAAAUCGUCUUGGUACGAUUUGGCCACUAUUGAUGUCUGUCAGGAAUACAAGCGAUAGCAUGAUGAACGAUUGAAUUAACAUUUGAGAAUUAUUUGUCUUUUGGUCAAUUACAAAAUUCUACUCUGGAAACUAUGACAAAUCGAAAAGAUGGGGAUUUGAUAAUUUUGUCCGUUCUUGCGUAAUUGCCACGUGUUAUUCGGUUAAUGGAGAAUUUAAUGAUUGGGCCCAAAGGCCUCAUUAAGAAGCAGGAGUUUGUAAGGAUUAUUAUUCAGUCUAUGCAUGCUCUUGGAUACAGAAAAUCUGCUGUCUGUCUGGAAGCUGAAUCUGGGAUUUUAUGCAAAUCCGUGGACUUCGAGUCCCUAGAGUCUCACAUUCUUAACGCAAAUUGGGAUGAUUGUAUUGGCGCUCUUAACAAACUUAAAGGUUUGAGUGAUGAAACAAGAGCUUCCGCGUUGUUUAUUGUGUUGAAGCAAUUUCUGUUGGAGUGUUUGAGUCGCGGCGAGGAUGCAUUAGCCUUGGAAGUACUAAGGAAGCAGGUUGCUGGGUUGUGGAUGGGAAAAGAGAAGGUGCAUAAUUUGGCUGUUGGAUUGCUUUUCCUGAAGGAGCUGGGGUCGAAUAAGAUCGAUAAUGGUAUUAUUCAGGAAUUUAGAAAAAGAAUGAUCAUUGACUUGGAAAACGUGCUUCCACCUCCCAUAACACUUCCAGAGAGAAGGUUAGAGCAUUUGGUUGAAAUGGCUGUAAGUGCCCAGGUAGAUAAUUGUACGUAUCACACUUCCGAUGCAAUCACACUUUAUGAAGACCACCACUGUGGCAGGGACCAUUUUCCCAGUGAGACUGUUCAGAUUUUGACCAAUCAUAAGAAUGAAGUUUGGUUCGUUCAGUUUUCUAACAAUGGGAAGUACCUGGCCUCAUCAUCAUGUGAUUGUACAGCCAUUAUAUGGAAGGUGCUGGAAACUGGCAAAGUAACACAAAAGCACACACUAAAAAGCCACCAAAACCCUGUCUCAUUCGUAGCAUGGAGUCCUGAUGAUACCAUGUUGCUAACCUGUGGAAACAUGGAGGUGCUCAAACUCUGGGAUGUGGAGACAGGUAUAUGCAAGCACACAUAUGGCAAUGAUGGUUUCAUUGUCACCUCAUGUGCUUGGUUUCCUGAUUCUAAGCGGCUCGUCUGUGGCAGCUCUGAUCCUGAGAAGGGUAUCUACAUGUGGGACUCUGAAGGCAACGAGAUUAAAGCAUGGAAAGGAGUACGGAUGCCCAAAGUUUCAGACAUUGCUGUCACACCUGAUGGACAACAUCUUAUCAGCAUAUUUUCGGACAAGGAAAUCCACAUAUUAAAUUUGCAGACUAAUGCUGAACGUGUCAUUUCAGAGCAGCAUUCAAUCACAUCUCUUUCUGUAUCUGGAGAUAACAAGUUCUUUAUUGUAAACCUCAACAGCCAGGAGAUUCAUAUGUGGGAUGUUGCAGGGAAGUGGGUAAAACCACGGAAGUACGCGGGCCACAUGCAGCAGAAGUAUGUGAUACGUUCUUGCUUUGGUGGGUUGAACAGUAGAUUUAUCGCAAGUGGCAGUGAAGAUUCACAGGUCUACGUGUGGAAUCAACUGAGUUCUUAUCCGAUUGAGAUCCUAUCUGGUCAUCUCAUGACCGUGAACUGUGUGAGCUGGAAUCCUAGGAGGCCUCAGAUGUUGGCUUCAGCAAGUGAUGAUCAGACAGUCCGAAUAUGGGGUCCAAACUGUUUUUAAGUUGAUACGAUACAAGAAACAAGUACGAUUUGUACAGCAUCAAUAUUCGCUGUGUAUACAUUAGCUUCAGUUUUGCUCUGCCGGAUUAGCCAUAGUGGCGGUGUAGAUAUGUGGCUUCCAUGAUUCUGUCCUCCAAAACAUAUCCAUCAGUUUCUCUUUUUGUAAAUCGCCAUUUAUUCCGCGAUUUCCUGUAUUUUAUCCGUCAUUCUUUCUACUGAAGAUCGACUGGGAACAAAAAAAAAA